GCUCGGGAAUACACCAUGUAUUCUGGUCGGUCCAACCCUCUGUGAAUGAUUUUUUUUAUUAUUUUAUACAUUAUAAUAUAUGUGUAGGUAAUUUAUUUAAAUCUGAAGAAGAAAACUGUAAGAAAUAAACAUUUAUCAUCAACGGGAACCUGGGUUUUAUUUUCAGCGUGUACUCAUAUUCGACUGAUCAUCUUUCAUUCGUCGUGAUCCGACAGUGUGGGAAUGGGAAAUGAUGGAGGAUAAAGGGCCUCGUGUAGCAGACUACUUUGUGGUUGCUGGCCUCACCGACUCAUCCAAGCCUCUGGAGGAAGAUCUACACUUUGAUGAUGCUGGUCCCAAAUCUGUGAAACCCAAAGCCCCUAUCACGGAUGUCGCUGUCGUGAUACGCUCUCUGGGAGAAGAGGUACCCCCGGGCUUCACCUGUGUUGAAACUACCCCCUCAGGCCUUUCUGCAGAGCUCAAUGGAGCCAGUCUAAGGGGCCCACAGAUCUUCUUGUGCUUUAAGCGAGGCAGAGAUAAGCCUCCACUGACAGACCUCGGGGUUCUGUAUGAGUGGAAAGAGAAGCUCAAACCCGGAUGUCAUAUCGUUCAGACCACACCCUCAGGCCGCCCUGCAAACAUCAGCAGCUCGUCCUCCCAACGCAUCUACAUCACCUACCGCCGUGCACCAAAGAGCCAGCCACACACCUCAUUGGCUGUCACCGAUGUCUGCGUUAUCAUCCCCGGAAAAGGGGAAACGCCUCCUCACACCUUCUGCAAGGUGGACAAGAACCUCAACAGCAGCAUGUGGGGAUCCUCGGUCUACGUUUGUUACAAGAAGUCUCUGGCUAAAGCAAACACAAUCGCAUACAAAGCAGGUCUUUUAUGUAGGUACCCCAAAGAGGACUAUGAGUCCUUUCCACUGCCAGAGUCAGUGCCUAUGUUCUGCCUGCCCAUGGGGGCAAUGAUCGAGUGCUGGCCUGCACACACCAAACACUCCCUGCCUGUUUUUUCCACAUUUGUACUAACGGGAGCCUCUGGAGAAAAGGUGUACGGAGCAGCUAUCCAGUUCUAUGAGCCUUACCCAGAGGAGAACCUGUCUGAGCGUCAGCGCUCACAGCUCGGCCUGCCAAGCUCUGAUCUCAGACCUGACGAGACCAGAAAUGUUUACAGCAACAAGAGCAUCUGCUUGCUCUCCCACUGGCCCUUCUUCCAGUCCUUCAGGAGCUUUCUCACCUUCCUCUACCGAUACUCCAUCUCUGGGCCACAUUCCCUGCCUAUUGAAAAGCACAUCUCUCACUUCAUGCAAAAUGUGCCGUUUCCCUCCACUCAGAGACCGCGCAUCCUAGUCCAGCUGUCUCCACAUGACAGCCUGAUGCUGAGCCAACCUGUGUCCUCUCCGCUCCCACUCAGUGGGGGAAGCCUCUCCACGUUGCUCCUGAAUCUGGGCCCCAAAAAUGCUGCCACUCUGCUCGUGUUGGCUGUCACAGAGCACAAGAUCCUGGUUCAUUCCCUGCGCCCCGCUGUACUCACCAGUGUAACCGAGGCCCUUGUGUCUAUGAUUUUUCCCUUCCACUGGCCAUGUCCAUACAUCCCUCUGUGCCCGCUGGCUCUGGCAGAUGUUCUUAGUGCACCAUGCCCUUUCAUUGUGGGCAUGGACUCCCGGUACUUUGAUCUUUACGUCCCCCCGGCUGACAUCACUUGUGUGGAUCUGGACACCAACACCAUCUCCCAAAAAGAUGACAAGAAGGCUCUAACGUGGAAACUCUUGCCCAGGAGAGCCUGCAAGCAUCUUCUCAAUACUCUGAAUAAGCUCUAUCAGCAGCUCAUUGAGGGUGGUCAUUUAAACCAUGAAGAUGUGCAGAUGGAUCACACUGUGACCGACUGUGAGCUUGAAAGUGGAAAAAGCCUGCACACACUAGAGCUCGAGAUCCAGGAGGCCUUCCUGCGCUUCAUGGCUGCCAUCCUGCGAGGCUACCGUUCCUAUCUGUUGCCCAUCACCCAAGCCCCGUCCGAGAAAACCACUGAUGCCAGCUCCCUCUUCGACAUCCAAGGCUUCUUGAAGAGCAGAGACCGCUCCCAUCAGAGGUUUUACUCCCUCAUGACCAAGACUCAAAUGUUCAGUCGUUUCAUAGAAGAGUGCUCCUUUGUCAGUGAUAAAGAUGCCAGCCUGGCCUUCUUUGAUGAGUGUGUUGAUAAGUUAUUUUCCAGUGGAGGAAAGAUGGACAGUGAGCGACCAGAGGACGCCAGACUGAUCGAACUGGAUGAAUCGCACCGCAGCGAGCACACAGUCUACAUCAACCCUCCAGAGCUGCCUCCUCCAUCGCAGGGAGAGGAGCAUCCUCUGUGCUAUAGCUACUCUGCAUUUCCUGUGCUAAAUGCUGAGCUUCUGGAGCCUUUGGAGGGAGCAAGUCCUUCAUCGGCAGGCAUAGCCUCACGCCACAGCAGUCCAGCCAGCCCCACAGCCAUCUUUAGACGCUCUAAACAGGAGAUCAAAUCAGCUCAAAGGAUGGCCAAAACGUAUUCAUCUAUGCCUCAGAUGUGGUCCAAGUGUCUGCUUCGCCACUGCUAUGGUCUGUGGUUUAUCUGCUUGCCAGGAUUUGUUGGCAACUGCCACUCCAAGGUGCGAGCGCUGCGUACAGCUUAUGAUGUGCUGAGGAAAAUGCAGGACAAAAAGCUUCAGGCUCCAGAUGAGGUUUGUUACCGUGUGCUGCUGCAGCUGUGUGGACAGUACAGCCAGCCAGUCUUGGCUGUGAGGGUGCUGUUUGAGAUGAAGAAGGCUGGAGUUCAACCCAAUGCUAUCACAUAUGGGUACUAUAACAAGGCGGUAUUGGAGAGCACCUGGCCAUCGACCACCAGGGGAGGAUACUUUCUAUGGGGAAAGCUGAGGAACGUGCUCCUCGGUGUGCUCCAGUUCAAGCAAGCAGGAAGGAAACAACGGAACUGCCAAAGAGAUCCUCAUCUUUCAGACGGCAGCGAUCUAGACACGGUCAGCCAUGGCAGUUUGGACAGCGCUAAUGACUCUGCUGAGCGCACCUCCAUUGACACCGACUUCACUAAAAUGGACUCCAGCGAUGAUGGAUUUAGUACAGGUGAACAGUCAGACCAAGGCUAUGAUUCCUUGUCUAAGGAGGAAGAGAGAUUGUGCAGCAGAGAGAGUGAUGGCACAGCCCUGGUGGAAGACAAAGGAGUCAAGUCAAGCAGUGGCCUCAGGCUGGCUUCCAGUCCAUCUAGUGACACUCUUCUGAGUGGAGCUUUGCCAAAGGCAGAGAGGCCAAAUUCUCUGGACUUGUCUGGUGGACAGGGAACUCUGAGGCUCAGUGUCCCCAUUCUAAGUACAUCAAAGCAGCUUCACCUUGCUUCUGACAGACUGCAUGAAGUAGAGGAAGAGGUCACAGAGACUGAUAAACAGAAACACCCAGUGGAGAGGGCCGGUGUUAUCUGCAAUGCCGGGACAGUGAGGAGGACAGGUAUUGAGAUGGGAUUUGAUCCCCUGUCGCUGAUGGCAACAGCGACCGUACAGGAAUGUGACCAUGACAACAGCAGUGCAUCCAACUCUAAGCGCAACCUGGCCGAGGAGAUUGAAAUGUACAUGAAUAAUGGCAACAGCCCCUUGAGCAGCCGCACGCCCAGUAUGGACCUGCAGAACCCCUCAAGCCCUUUGUUCCGCUCAGCCUCUUCUCCCCACUCCUCCCCGCAAUCCUCAACCCUAGUUCGAUCCACUACACACCUCCCACUGCCUGCCAAAACAAAGGAGAGGCUGAGGCAGUCACCAUCUCUUCCUCUUGGUAUUUGUAACAAAGACAGAGAGAGGCCUCCCUCUUUGGUUUCACCGUCAUCACCCACUCCUUCCACUUCAUCGUUCUCCAUGGAAACACUGUUCACCCCAACUCUCGACAUCUUCAAGAGCAGCGUCAUAUCAGCAGGAAAGGGUGUGGCUGAGAAAGCUAGUCGUCUCUACUCUCGUUUGUCCUCUCAAACUUCACUAACACAGGAUGCAAACUGUGACCGCAUGAGUGUGUCCUCACUGACCUCAGGAGAGGCCGAUUGCUCCUCGCUGCUUGAUAAUGACUCCUGUCUAGAUCCAGAUGGAUUUACAUCCCCACAGCAUGGUAGCGUGUCCCGAGUCAGGAGAAGCCCUGUUGGGCAUCAUCAUACUAACCUGGGCAGCCCUGGCACCCCAAACAGAGUGUUCAGACACAACUCCUUUUCUGGUGGUUUGGCACUUCCCUCCAAAACUCCUCACACUCCAGAUUCCUCCCCCGACACCGGCCGCUUCCAACCCACUCCCAAUUACACCGUAGAGGUGUUGAUGUCUAGCUGUUCACUUUGUAAGACAUGUGACUGUCUGGUGUAUGAUGAGGAGAUAAUGGCAGGAUGGACGGCAAAUGACUCAAACCUCAACAGCACUUGUCCUUUCUGCGGCACAGCCUUCUUGCCUUUUCUCAAUGUGGAAAUCAAAGAUCUGAGACCGCACAGCAGGUCGUCUAAGAAAAGCAAUCCUGUUAAAGAGGAGGAUACAUCCCUGCCACCCAAUCCCGAGGAAAAAAUCUCCACAACAGACGGUGCAGCUGAGUCAUCUGCAGCUCCUGCACAGAAGCGGGAGAGCAGUGGGGGUGCUGGCCAAGCCCCAGCCUCAUCCUCGUCCUCCUCCUCCUCCUGCUCCUCUGCUUCUGCUCCUGUAACAGUGCCCUACUUGAGCCCUCUGGUUCUGUGGAAGGAGCUGGAGAGCCUGUUAGUGAAUGAGGGCGACCAGGCAAUCUCCUCCCCAAGCGUUGUUGACCAACAUCCCAUUGUCUUCUGGAACCUUGUUUGGUACUUCAGAAGGCUCGACCUGCCGAGUAACCUGCCAGCUCUUAUCCUGGGCUCCCAACACUGUAGCCAUGAAGACCAGACUCCUCAGAUGCUGUCAUCGGAGGACAGCAAGCAGGUUCUCGUGAGGAUUAUGUGGGACAAUUUGAAGUUGCACCAAGACAAAGUUCAACCCUGCUACGUCCUGUGGAACACCCACUGUGCCAACUCACUGGUUCGCUCCGGGUUAUGUGAAGAAGGCCAACUCUUCACUGUGGAGCUCCUACAGGGUUUUGUGAGGAGCAUUAAGAAGAGUGAUGUGCAUCAGCCCAUGAGCCAGAUCAUUCAGCUGUUGGGGCCUGAGUUAGGUUUUAAAAGACAGAGGAGUCUCUACAGAGAUUUAUUGUUCCUUGCUCUGGUGGCUUUGGGGAAGAACAACAUUAAUAUCAGUGCUUUCGAUCGUGAGUACAAGCUGGCAUACGAUCGCCUCACCCCCAACCUGGUUAAACUGACACACAACUGUGACCGGCCCCCUGGAGCAGGGGUCAUGGAGUGUAGGAGGACAUUUGGAGAGCCCGGUUUGUGAACCUCUUGUCCCCCUUCUGUCGCUUUUUUUCCUCCCUCCAACAGUCACUGCUGCUGUUGUUGUUUUUUUGUUUGCUUGUUUGUUUUUCAAACUGCUCUUCAGACUCAGGACCAGCUCAUCUGACUGGAGCAUUAAGCUCUUGUAAGCACAAUGGGACUUAACAUAAUGCAACUGCCAUGAGUUUCUUGAAAACUGUCAGAGCUGAGAGGCAUGAAGUGACAGGCCUUGUAUUUGUAAAUACUUUGAAGAUAUUUUCUGUAUAAAUGUUUGCACAGUUAUUACACGGUCUACUUUAUGCCUCUGUUACUGUUGAAGCUGUGAAUAAGUAGGUACAAGUAAGUGUAAGUUCACCUCGUCGAAAUUCCUCAGUGGUCCUGGUGACCUUGUUAAGACUGUUGUUGACUGUGUGUACUUUUAGACGUUCAUGUUUUUACAAAGCACUUUGAUAAGAUGAGCACUUGCCAUUUGUUCUCAUUUACAUGGGGCUGUGUCUCUGCCACGCACACCUUAGUCGUGGUUCUGUCUGAAAUUUCCACAGGUUCAAGUUUGUAAAGGCAAAUCACUUCCUCUUCAUGUACACCUCAUAAAGUGGACAGGUUAAACUCAUAUACCGAAAUACACUAAACUAGGUUGUAACCUCAUAAAAUUAUAAACCACAAAAUUUUUUCUGAUUCAAGAAUGGAGCCAGUUAAUUUAUAUGCACAAUGUUUAUUUGUUUUUGUACAAUGUACCAAAAGAUCCCAAAAGGGAAUAUUAUAUAAUUCUUUAAUUUACCUUUUUUUUUUAGGCAAUAUCUUUUUUUAAAGUGAUGAUUAAAAAUUUUGUGUUAAAUGUGAUUUUGCAAGGAUGGAUUUCCUUAAAAACAGUACAAUCAAUCAAAAGGAGAUAAAUGUUUUCUGUCAACAUUUUCUUUUAUAAAGACUUUGAAUCACACUAAUGGGUUCAUAAUAAUGUACAGAGCAUUUGACUCUAGAAUUUUGUAUAUUUUCUUUUUGUCUUCAAUGUAUGGUGUCGAUGUUUUAGAUAUUUGGACAACAGUGCACUGUUUAGUGUGACAUACAGAGUAUUGAUGGAUGUUUUACCCACUUAUACUAACCGGUCUUGGAACAGACAGUAGUGCAGGCUUAUUUGCACUGAGAAUAUUUAAAGAUAUAUAGAUGUCAAAGGCGUUUCUUUGACUUGAAAAACAGCUCCGACCUGCCCUCAUUCAGAAAUCACUUUAGAACACAAGUGUGACAGUUCACUCUUUCACGAUCAACUGACAAAAAACCUGGAGUGAUGCAGCUCCACAGCUUAUUGCUGGACUUCGCAGUAACUGAUGAUACAAUGCUGAAUUAUAUAAGUCUGUGUGCUUGAAAUAAAACACCAAUCUCACAGCAUGUAGACCAGUAUUUUAGCCAACUUGUAAAAAAAAAAAAAAAAGUCUGGGUAAAGAACAAAACACUGAAUGACCAAAACAUAAUUUUAUGUCUAUGUGUUGUUUACACUAAGUGUCAAUUUUAACAAUGUUUCCAAUGUAUUAUUUAUCAUUUGUAACACAGAUACUGAUUUGUAUGAUUUUUACAUUAAAAAAAGAAAAAAGAAAUGAAAUUUCUUCCUUAGGUGGAUGUAUAGUUUGACUUCAUUUAUGAAUAAAGACAUUUAUUCUA